UCCGGUCAGACUGUGCAGGUUUUACCCAGCUUGGAAGGUGUUAUUGUGGCCGUCUGUCUGUUAUUUGUCCAAGUAUGUUGCAUGCCUCUUGAGGUGAAGCCUCGCUUUGUUGUGUUGUACGGCUCUCAGAAGGGUCAGGCUCAGUCCAUAGCUGAGGGCAUCGCCGAGGAGGCUGAGGAGCACGGCCUGGUUGCUGAUCUCUGCUGCCUGAACCAAAACGACAAGUACAACUUGGAGAAGGAGCGUGCCCCGGUAGUCUUUGUCGUGUCUACCACUGGAGAUGGGGAGCCUCCAGACAAUGCCCUACAGUUUGUGAAGCGCAUCAAGAAAAGGACCCUCUCCCCUGAUCACUAUAAACACCUUUUAUAUGCACUUUUAGCUUUAGGAGACACAAAUUACGCAAAUUUCUGCAACUGCGGGAAGACAAUUGAACGUCGUCUUCGGGAACUCGGAGCCAAACAGUUCUACCCGACGGGGUACGCAGAUGACGGCGUAGGGUUGGAGCUGGUUAUUGACCCUUGGCUCAAAGGACUGUGGAAUUCCAUUAAAGACACCUUAUCAAAGAUGGCUUCUGACAGAACUGUCCAACUUAAGGAAGAUUCUGCCAAAGAAAUUCCUGAGUCAUCCUUACCGGACGUCCAGUUGAACCUCUUGAGCAUCGCCGAUAAACAGAUUUGUGAGCCAGACUCUAAAUAUUCUUCUUCUUUGGCCAUUUCUGAUGUCAGGCCAGCUUCAGCGUCAACUGUCUCUUCAUCAGCACCAAAAACACAAGCCUGUAGUGAAGGAGUCCCCCAGGUUUCCUUGGCAGCCUCACUGACAAGUUCCCUACCGCCGCUGUCUGAGUCCUCUCUCAAUGUUCCUUCGUUACCUCCGCCAUACUUAGACGUUGCUUUACAGGAAGCAGACGCUGUGGAGCAGGCUGUUGAACGUUUGAGCAAGGAGACUUGUAAUGAGGUGCCCAUCUCUAAGGCGGUUCAGCUGAGUAAAGGAGACUCGGUGAAGACAGCUCUUCUGCUGGAACUGGAUAUUUCUGCUUUCCCAUCCAUGACCUAUCACCCUGGAGAUUCUUUUGACGUGUUUUGCCCAAAUGUGGCCGAAGAGGUGGACCAUCUGCUCCACAGACUCGGCCUUCAGGACCAGAAGAACCAUCGCGUUCAGAUCUCUCUUAAACACAAUACAAAGAAAAGAGGUGCACAGGUGCCACCACACAUUCCUGAAAAUGUUUCACUGCUGUUCCUGCUCACUUGGUGCCUUGAGAUCAGGAGUGUUCCUAAGAAGGCUUUUCUGCGAGCGCUGGUGGAACAUACGUCAGACAGCGCCCAGAAGAGGAGACUGCAGGAACUCUGCAGUAAGCAAGGUGCUGCAGACUACAACCUCUAUGUACGAGAUCCAAGCCUCAGUGUGUCGGAGCUUCUCACAGCCUUCCCGUCCUGUUCGCCUUCUCUCAGCCUCCUAAUAGAGCUUUUGCCAAAACUGCAGCCCAGGCCUUAUUCAGCAGCAAGUUCCCAUCUCAGGCAUCCGGAAAAGCUGCGUUUUGUCUUCAACGUGGUUGAGUUCCCAGCGUGCUCUGGGAGGCCCACAGGCAGGCGAGGCUUGUGCACCGGCUGGCUGUUUGACCUCGUCAAUCCUGGCCUGGUUUUCCCUGAGAAGGCUGAACUGGCUCUGCCAAAGAUUCAUGUGAGUUUGAGACCCAGCUGCUCCUUUCGACCUCCCUCUGACCCUUCGCUGCCCUUCAUUAUGAUUGGACCUGGAACUGGAGUGGCUCCUUUUAUAGGCUUCCUUCAGCAAAGAGAGGAGGAGAAGAAGGAAAACCCCGAGGCCAAGUUUGGUGAAACCUGGCUGUUCUUUGGUUGUCGCUACAGGAACAAAGACUACCUGUUCAGAGAGGAACUGGAGAACUUUGUGUCCAGUGGCACCCUGAAUCACCUGAAAGUGUGUUUCUCCAGAGAAGAUAGGAAGGAUGAGGAGGAACCUCCCUCAGCAGCACAACCCAGAUACGUCCAACACAAUCUGUUGCUCUGCUGCCGACAAGUCACCGACAUCCUGCUCAGACAGGACGGCUACAUCUAUGUCUGCGGGGAUGCCAAGAACAUGGCCAAAGAUGUGAAUGAGACCCUGGUGGAGAUGAUUAAAACUGAGCUUCAAGUGGACCAACUGGAGGCCAUGAAGACGCUAGCAGGACUUAGAGAGCAGAAGCGCUACUUACAGGACAUCUGGGCCUGACUGUAGAUGACUAGAUAAAGGAUUUUUGCUGCAUUUGCUGGACUAAAAAAAAAAAAGGAUAGUGCAAGAUAUAUAUUUAGCCUUCUCAGCUGUAACCUCUUGAUCCAUAAAAUUGUCGCUGCAGACGCUUGAAGGUAGUUUACGCCAGCCAAUGUCACCGAGAUAGAGUCACCCAUGUGACCUGUGGAUAUCAGUUCAGUCCACCUUCCUUGCCUUUGCUGUUUAAACAGAGCUGACCUUGGUCAGUGCUGGAGAUUAGCCCCGGGGUGUGAAAAGGCUUUUAGUGUAGACACGACGCCUCGGUUUGUCCUUUCUGAUGAAAAGGCAUUUAUUACUGUCGGCCUUAAUGGAGUGACUUUGAUGAGACUGAGCGCGGGAUACUUUUCGCACCUUGACAGCACAUUAAUCUGUAUUUUUUUUAUUUUUUUUUUAAACCGCGCGCAUACACAAAUAAACUGAGGCAUUCAAGUAAGGGGAAAUUGUUUUUCUUUCUUGUGUUUGUUCUUGUCGUCUGUUUCAACUAAAUGUACCGCUGCUAAAACUCGAUCUGUCACUACUUGUUUGUGUUGGUGUAUCGAUCUGUCACUACUUUUGUAUUUUUUUCUGCUGACUAAUUUAGAAGUCUAUUCCCCUUAGUGAUUCAAUGUUUUUUUUGUUUUUUGUUUGUUCUAGUUUUUUUUUUUUUACAAAAUUCCAAGUGCUACAAUUAUUGCAUUCCUACAGUUCGUAUAAAACAAAAACAAAUUUAAUUGAAGGGUUUUUUUUUUUGUAUUAUUCAUGUAGAAAAUACUAUCUUGGAAAUUUUAACUCAUUUAUUCUUUUCCUGAUGUGUGAAUAAGAAGCGAGGCAGGUCAGAGGCGACCUCUCUCUGCAGGUUUACGACAGAAAUGUUUAGUGAGUCAACUUUGUGAAAUCUUCUAGAAGUUCAGUCUUCUAAGAUCGUUCAAGAAUUCUAGGAUUCUUGAUUCUAGGAUUGUUCAAGAAUUAACAGGAGGGGGGUUUGUAAUCUGCAUCAAUGAUUUUACUUGGAGUAAAAAAAAUAGAAAAGAGUUCUGUUAAUGUUGAAAUGUUCUCAGAUUAAAGAACAUUUAAAGGUUGACCUUUUUCUACAAUUUCACUGUCAGAUUAUGAUUAUGAUAAGUUUUUCAUUUUUCCUUUUCACACCACUUUUUUGUAAAAAAAAUAAAAAAAUGUUGGAUUCAAAUUUGUUUUCCCCCCAUUAGGCUCUUAUAAAGGUUGAGUGUAUGUUAUGCUUAUUAUAGAUAUGUUUACUUUCCACAGAACUGUAAGAGGUUUAAAAGUUAAUUUAAAUUUGCUGAGUUUACGCAUCUGUCUGUUUUAAAACCCCUCCCCGCUGAAACGUCCAGUAUUGGUUCGGAUCGUCCUGCUGAUUGCUUCUGAGUGGACUGAACAUAACCUUGUUAGCCACAAAGCAAGCAUUAUGUAAAUGUGUUUCAUUCUGAUGGAUUAAACGGAACAAGGUGUCUCAGG